CUAGGUUAAAGAAUGCUAUCGAUGAGUACUUUGGAAAUGAACUUUGGAUAUGGUUUGAGGCUGUGUCCUUUGAGUGGAAGGACGCUAUGUUACCCCCUUUAGGUUUUGGGGUGUGACACUUCCUUUGAGCGGCUUCAGGAAUCAAUCGGUACCCUCCAACUAGUGUUGAAGAGGAAUUGGAUUUCUUAAAGAUGGUGUUCAAUCUCCGAUCCUUCAGUUUCACCGAUUCCAUUGAAGAUGAUCCCCCACCACCUCCUAGGGGCUUCUCUCUAAAGGAACUCCGAGUUGCCACACACAAAUUUAGCGAAGAAAACUUCUUGGCCGAAGGUGGAUUUGGCAAGGUUUACCGGGGGCGCUUGGCCGAUGGUUCUCUAGUGGCAGUAAAGAGAGCUCGCACAGUCGAUCAAUGUAGCAAAGAGCAGUUCGAAACAGAAGUUCAAGUGGGACGCUCAGUUUCAACACACCCAAAUGUGCUACGGCUGAGGGGCUUUUGCAGGACCACGAAAGAGCUUUUAUUGGUCUAUCCCUUGAUAAUCAACAAUAGCCUAUCUUACAAUCUUACAGAAAGACCAGAUCGAUUUGCCCAACCGCUCAAUUGGACCACUCGCAAGCGAAUUGCCUUGGGAGCAGCAAGGGGACUUGCACACCUUCAUCAUCAAGGUAACAUCAAGAUCAUGCAUCGGUACAUCUGCGCGGCAAGCAUACUGCUUAAUGUGCAAUUUGAGGCCGUGAUAGGAAGUUUCUGCAUCGCCAUGAUCAUGCAUGAGAGAAAUGUUGAGGAAGGGACUAUUGAGUGGCGCACGCACACGCCAAGGCAUGGCACAGGAGUCUCACUCUCCUCUCCUUUAGAAGAAAAUUCAGCCGAUGCUGGUUUCGAUUCUCAAAUCUAUCAUCGCUAUGAAGAUGUCUAUGUCAAUACCCUCACCUGCGGCAUAAUUGGGUUUACUGCCCCUGAGUACUCCUACACAGGAAAGUGCACGCUGAAAAAUGAUGUCUUCGCAUAUGGGAAAAUGCUUCUCGAACUCAUCUCAGGACAGCCGAUUUUCGACUUUUUCCCUGAAGUACACAAUGGUGAAGCUUUAUGGUUAGAGGAUUGGGUUAGAAAACAUAUGAAUGAAGGCCAGUUGGGAAGGGUGAUCGAUCCCAAUUUGGAGGCGAACUAUGUGGAAGAAGAAGCAGAGCGACUAGUCCAAUUGGCAUUGUUGUGUGCACACAAGGAUCCAUCUGUUCGACCAGAGAUGUCUGAAGUGGUUGAAAUACUCGAAAGCCAGUUUCUCCAGCGGGAUUCUAGUACAAGGAGUAGUUGGAGUCCUAGUGAGUGUGAACCGACUACUCCAUACUACUCUUUCCCCCCUUCUCCUUCUCCUCCUUUGGUGAUCGGUCCAUGAUGGGCAUUUCAAUGCUACAACAUCACCAUUGCCUUUUUUUUACAUUAAAUAUCAUGUUCAACUUCUCUGUUUACUGCUUUCUGAACUCUGUAUGUUCCACCAGUUUCAUUCGUAAGAUCUUUCUGUAAUAUCCGAUAUUUGGAGACAUAUAGCACGUCCUUCAUGCAAUGACUGCUAUCUUCUACAUCUGUCAUCGAACUAAAAACUAGAAACUGAGAUGCAAAUUCACAGUGUCAC